AUGCGAGCAUUGCUUGCUGUUAUACUUCUCCUUCCAGCAGAGCAAGCCGAAGGGCGUAUUGAAGUUACGUUUAAUGAAGUAUCCAACCCGCAUAAUUGUUUUUUUCUGUUCUCAUCAUCUAUCCGGCGCGCCUGGGAUAUAGCCAGUGGCGGCCAGCAACAGUUCCGAAACUGUGUCGGACCAGGAGGGACCUGUUGCGAUACGCACCGAUUCUGCGCAUUCUGGGCACGUAACAAUGAAUGCGUGAAGAACCCGGGAUGGAUGCGGCCGAACUGCCAACUUUCAUGCCGUGUUUGCAAUCCAAACACAGUGACAACACAGACGCUCGCUCCUCCAAUGCGCCUUUUUUCCCUGGGGAAAUGCACUCAAGUAGUGCCAGUAGAAGUUGAGACGCGACAGGUGUUCUCCGUCGCGCAAAUGCGAGCACGUCAGCAGCAGAUGGGAUGUGCAGAAGUGCAAAUACCCGCCAGUUGCAGUGUAAAUGAAUGUUUUCAUAAAAGCUUCCGAAGUAUUGACGGAACCUGCAACAACCUGGCUAAUCCUAUAGUGGGAGCAGCAUUCACCCCGUUUACUCGGCUUCUUCCAAGCGCUUAUGACGAUGGAAUCAAUGCCUUGAUUGGCGCGACCACCCGGGCUAGGCCGAACCCCCGUGAAGUCUCGAUGUUCCUUCUCUCCACAAGGCGCGCUAUCGGCAGCAAAUCCAACAGCAUGCUAAUGCAAUUCGGACAGCUCAUUUCACAUGACAUCACCAAGAAUGCACUGUCCAAUGUUUGUAGUUGUUCAUCAAAAGGACCACGCUGUGCCAAUGUUCCACGUCCGCCCACGGACCCCUCAAGAGGUAGCUGUGUGACGUUCACUCGUUCGAUCCACGUCUGUGGAACGGGUACCUUCGGUCGACCAAGGGAGCAGUACAACGAAAACACAGCUUUCAUCGAUGGAAGUUCUGUCUACUCUUCAGAAUCUGUCACCUUACGCAGUCUUCGAGCUGGCGCUAUGCUCAGAACACAUGUGGUGAAUGGGCGAACGUUCCCACCAAAUAAUCGAAGGGAUUCCAUGACUGUGGGAGAUGACCGUGCCACCAUCUUUAUUGGCCUCGCAGCUAUGCAUACCACAUUCCUUCGUCUCCACAACGGUAUCGCCGCCGAUCUCCAAAAUAUGAACCGCCAUUGGAAUCAAGAUCGCGUCUUCCAGGAAACUCGAAAAAUUGUUGGAUCUGUCAUGCAGGCUAUCACAUAUCAGGAGUUCCUUCCAGCACUUCUUGGACCAUUCCAUGCUCGUCUCGUACCACCUUACGUGAAAUACAAUCCGUCGGUGAAUCCAGGAAUUUUGAAUGAGUUUGCUGCAUCCGCCUACAGACUUCACGGAAUGAUCCAAGAAGGAUAUCCUCUGAUCGGUCCCAACUUCGAGGACAGAGGACAAAUCUCGUUCCUCAGCGGUGUGGGUAGAAUCGAACAAGUGCUAACCGCAAUUGACGCACUCUAUAGAGGACUUAUUGCGACACCGGCACGCAGUCCUCAACGAAUCACCACCUCGGUAACUGAGCGUUUAUUCGGCGGAAUGGAUAUGGCUACACUUAACAUCCAGCGAGGUCGCGACCAUGGCCUACGCCCCUACAACGACUACCGUAAGCUCUGUCAGCUUCAGCCAAUUACAAGCUUUCAUCAGUGGCCAGAAGUAACUGAUAAGGCAGUCCGCGAGCGAGUCGCACAGCUUUAUAGGACGCCAGAUGAUAUCGAUCUUUACGUCGGUGGAACGUUGGAGGAGCCCAUCGAAGGAAGCCUUGUUGGACCCACAUUUGCCUGUAUCAUUGCUGAGCAGUUCGUGCGACUUCGCGAUGGAGACCGAUUUUACUUCGAAAACAAGGAGGUGUUCACUCCUGCACAGAUUGCCGCCUUGAAAGCUGUCACACUGUCAUGGGUGUUGUGCGAAACAGGCGACAGCAUGACGAGGAUUAAGUUUGGAUUUAUCCCCAUGGAGAGAAUAGAGGCAUACUAUAAUGCGAAGAUUCACAGUGCUCAAUUACGAGGAAACGUUUGCUCAGUCGACUUCUCAUCACUCAGCUCAGUGCCAAUAUUCGUUCCAUAUCCUCACAUACGUAGUCACAUGACAAGCUUUACAGUUACUGUUACAUCUACUAUACCGAUAGCCCCAACUUUCAACGUGACGAACUUUUUUAACUGUAACGCGAAAGGUUCGUAUGGAGACGAAUGGAACCUAAAAAGCAGGGAGAACAGAAAGACAGCAGAAGAUGUGAACUUCCGGCCUGCACCGGUAGAGCAGAAGCCAGGGAUUCAGUGA